AUUAUCCCCCACAUCUUCCAAGUGGACACUGUUGAGUAAAUCUGGAGGAUGCAGCCUGACUGCUGGCCCGGGAAAGGGGCCUAUACCAACAACAGGAGAGAGUGCCGAGGGCCGCUGAUGGGCCACAGUGCCGGUCUCAGGUGUGGAAAGAUAGAGUAGUAUGAAUCAGCGCCCGCCGCAUAUAUAAGGACCAUGAUAGGACUCCGAAAAUAACCAUGAGCUGUUAGGAAAGCCACCAUUGAACAGAACCCCGAACAGCAGAGAACAACGGGAUUCCUCGCAUUUCAAUGUUCCAUUACAUCCGGAGAGUCCUCGCUGGAGGUAUCCUGUGCCUCCUUACCAUCGCAGAUGCGGCGCCAACCUCGACCUCCAGUGGUCUCCCAACCACUGCUGCCUACUUCGUCAGUGGAACCACCUCGACCUUUGCCCAUACGACCUUGACCGCCACGGGUACCGACGAGGGGGUCCUUAUUGUCAAAGAGACCGGGGUUGCCGUCCUGAAUGAUGUGACCCUGAUCAAGACCGGCGAUACCACUAGCGACGGUGACAGCUCCUUCACGGACCUGAAUGCCGCGGUCGGCGUGGAGACCAACGGCACGGUGAUGGUGCCACCGCCUAUCUCCAAUGUAUACAUUCAUGCCGAAGGCGAUGGAUCUCAUGGGAUCUACACCGGCGGGGGCACCAUUUACGGCGACAAUCUCGAGAUCUACACCUAUGACGGGCAUGGCAGUGCCAUUGCCACGGACCAGGGCGGUGGCUUGAUUGUGGUGAAGGACUCGUCUGCGUACACGUAUGGCGCACUCUCGGCGUUGGUCUACUCAACCGGAAAUAUCACGGUUAGCUCUCUGUCCGGCACCGCCGCCAUUGCUCCGGUGGCCUGCAUUGACGGCGCGAAUUCCUUUACCCUGAACGACUGCGAGGUCUCCUCCGGGACCGAGAACAAUGGGGUGUUCCAGAUCGUGAGCACAGUCUCGAGCAGCACGACAGAAACUGCCUAUGCAUAUGUGAAUGGCGGCUCCGUAGCCGAGACGAAUGGCACGUAUGCCUUGCUUUUCGUGGCCAACAUCGAGGCCUAUGUGUAUUUCACCAAUGUGGCAAUCACCAUCCAGUCGGGCAUUCUGGCCAAUAUCACUGCUGACAGCGACUGGGGGACUUCGGGGGAUAAUGGGGGGACUGCCAACGUGUAUCUCACCGACCUCGAGGUCACGGGCGAUAUUUACGUGGACGAUAUCAGUGCGAUCAAUCUGUAUCUGAUCGGGUCGAGCUGGACUGGGGCCCUCAAUGCGGACAGCACCACCGGAUCCGCUUCAGUGUAUCUUGAUUCCAGCAGCACCUGGACUCUGACCGGUGACUCCUAUGUUGAUAGUGUUAGCCAGGAAGAUGGGUCUACUGUCAUUACCGGCCAAUACUCGGUGACGGCGGGUGCGGAGGUGGCCAGAUUGCGUGGCGGAUGUCUUUCCUCCUUGUAA